UAUCUGCUUCCUAUUUGUAUCGGUCACAAACCAGGCUUAGAUUGGCCAAAGUUAACCACGGAACCGUAGGUCGAAAAUUGAAAAGAUGGGGAAAACAAACCCAUAUAAAGAUUUUAUAUCAGGUGGAAUUGGUGGAGUUUGUUUAGUUGUUGCUGGACAUCCUUUAGACACCAUUAAGGUUCGUCUACAGACUAUGCCAAUCCCAAAGCCAGGACAGGCUCCACUGUACAAAGGAACUUUAGAUUGUGCAUUGCAGACAGUGAAGAAAGAAGGAUUUUUUGGACUGUACAAGGGGAUGGCAGCCCCUGUAGCUGGUGUAACACCUAUGUUUGCUGUAUGCUUUAUGGGAUUUGGCAUAGGUAAAUCACUACAACAGAAGCACCCUGAUGAUAAACUUACGUAUCCUCAAUUCUUCAAGGCUGGAAUGUUGGCCGGUGUUUUUACCACAGUGAUUAUGACCCCAGGAGAAAGAAUCAAAUGUUUAUUACAGAUUCAAGCAGAUUCUAAAGUUAAGAAGUAUGCAGGACCCAUUGACUGUGCUAAGCAGUUGUACAGAGAAGGUGGUAUCCGCAGUAUCUACAGAGGAACAGCAGCCACGCUACUUAGAGAUGUCCCAGCAUCUGGAAUGUACUUCAUGACUUACGAAUGGUUUCAACAUAUCCUGACGCCACAAGGUCACAGUCGAAGUGAUUUAAGUGUGAGCAGGACCUUAACAGCAGGUGGAUUUGCAGGGAUAUUUAACUGGUUGGUUGCAAUCCCUCCCGAUGUGUUGAAGUCCCGCUUACAAACAGCUCCAGCUGGUGCUUAUCCAAAUGGAAUAAGAGAUGUAUUUAAACAUCUCCUGAAAGAUGAAGGAAUUUUUGCUCUAUACAAAGGAGUCACGCCAGUAAUGCUUAGAGCCUUCCCAGCCAAUGCUGUAAGUAUAUUAGAUUAUGUUUCUGAUUUUGCACUUUUAAGUCACCAGAGUAUUCUUAGACACUAUCAAACCUAUUUUUACCAAAUUUAGUGUGUAGCAUUUUUUUUUAAGGUAAAGACAACAACAACAAAAUGUUAAGAUGGUGGUCCUUAGACUUGUAGGGGCUAGAUGCAAUGCCAUAAAACUAUGCAAUAUUUUCUUUAUUCCCAGACAUUUUAACGGUUACGAAUUUUUGUCAGUAUCAAAUAAUUUUAUUUUUCAAAUAUCUAGAAAAAUGUAGGAACAGGUUAAAUAACAUCUUCUAAGGUAAUUCUAAUAUAGAGAUCAAUACUCUAUCCAUGGGUAGUGUUUUGUACAUUUCCCACACUGUUUACAAUUUGAUUUGAGCUGUGGAAAUGCAAGUCGAAGAACUGAAAAUAUGCGAACCAAUACAAAUAUUAUGAACUACUAGUUUCUUACUUGCAGAUUGUUGUUGGUUGUUUCUUUGUUUACAUUCCAUCAAGAAUUUUUCACUCAUACUGAAAUGUAAUCAUUUGUAGAUGAAAUAUCACAAAUAUUGGUCUAUGCUUAGCCCUUAAGACAAUAGCAUUUAGGGUUCUUUAACAUGCCUAUGCUGGCCAUGACACAGGACCUCCAUUUUUAAAAUUCAUAUCCGAAAGACCCCUGAUUCCCACUUUGAAAUGCAGAGCUUUUGGCGAAGGAGCAAUCACUACUUCUGUUUACGUCUUGGGUUUGAUGUAGCCAUGGCAUGAGUGGGACUCGAACUCAUGACCUCCCCGUUUCAAAGUGAACACUCUAACAUUGAGCUACCAUGACCGGUUAGUCUAGAUUGAGUAGGAAUUUGAAAUUUAGGGUAUAUGCUAUAUGUGCAAAUAUUAAAUUAAAUGAAAAUAGAAUUUUAAAUGAAAUAACCACAUGAAAAUAAAAGAGGUGUUGUUUGUCUAGUUACGGUUUAUACCAUGUCACAAGUUUGAAGUGACAUUUGCUGGAAUAUCCAUACAUAAAAUUGCAAGUUCCUGAUGUUCAAGUGAAAUCAUGUACAGUGAAUAGGAGAAGCUAGGCUUUUAAUAAUUAAGUGAGUAAACUCGGGUGACCUAGCUAUUGCAGAUGGUCAGCUUCCAUCAUCGUGCAUUAACAAUUGAACAUUUUUAACUUCUUGAUAACUACCUUUCCAAUUCUUUUCAAAUUUGGUAUGAAGCAUCUUUGGGACAAAGAGGACAUAAAUUGUAAAUUUCAGGAGUCCUGCACCCCUGGGACUUACAGACAGGGCAAAAACAGUCAAAAAUUGACCAUUUUCCAAAAUUCUACAACUUCACAUAAUAUUUCUUUGCUUUCAAUGUUGUCUUUUCUUUUUCAGGCAUGUUUUCUUGGAUAUGAGGUUACCAUGAAAACCCUUGAUUGGAUAUUUCCUGAAUAGUAUAGACACUGAAGCCAGAAUAAGUCUGAAUCUAAACCCAAUUAUUUUUUGUGAUUUACUAUGUGAUAAUCAUAUCUGGUAUCAUACUUAUAUGUACAUUUGUAGGUGUACUUGGAUGCUAUAAAAACAACAACAAUUAAAAUACAAGUUUGUGUACAAUUGUUCACAAGCACUUACCUAUCUGUUCAUUGAAUGAAGGAAAACAGUACUCAUCAUGUUUUAUAAGUUUUAUGUUUUAUAAGUUUUACAUAAAUUCAAAUUUACUAAA